AAGUUAGUAGAGCUGUGACAGUCGUGGAGAGCGUACGCUGGUUUAGUUUAAUAACGGGGUAAAUUUAUUCAAACAAAAUGCCGAAGAAAUUGAAAACUGUAGUGAAGUCGAUGUACUCGCACGAAAUUCGGAAGGAUGUGAGCCUCGACGACUUGAAGUCACUAAAACUGGAAGAUGCGUGGCCAUUUAUUAGAGACGAAAUUGAAAAAGAAAUCGGUAGCAGCCAAUUGGUUUGUAUUCCGCACAUCACGGAAGCAGACCUCUACAAAUGCACCUCUCUGUUCGUUCCUAACGAAAAAGAAACUAACGGUAAAAUGUUCACGCCGCUUGGAGAAUUGAGCAAGAAUCUUAAUAAGGCAAAAUCUAAUAGCGAUUAUGUGAAAUGGCUGGAACAAGGCAAUUUUCAAGAGGAGGACUUUAAAUUUCCGCAUGAAAGCGUGAAGAUCACACUGCAAGAUGAAACCAUCAAGAACAAAGUGCGGGUGAUCAUGGUCAACUUUACACGCUCCAGUAUCCCCAAGGACAAGCACCUUGAGAACAACAUCUAUCUUGAUGUCAAUAACAAAGAUCUGAAGGGCAAGAAGUCGGUGUACAUGAUCACGAACGUGCUGAUGGCGAAGACGAUCGAGUUCCGCGUGACGCGCGGCACCUCCUCGCGCAUCUUCCACCUCGGCAACCUGUCGCCGCUGGUCUUCGGGCUCGAGGAGUUCCUCAUCGGGGACGACGGCAAGCUCGUCAAGAAGGUACCAGUGACCAUCAAGUCCAAGGCCCUGCGUUGGAAGAAGGUGGACUCCUCGGACCAGCUGUACAUCGUGGGCAAGGACGAAGCCUGCAGUGCUUAAAUUAUUUACAACAUUUAGUAGAAAUGCUUCGGGCUACCUGAAAAGCUCACCACAAGAUAAACUUGCUGCCACAUGAGAUUGCGGGUGUAGCAUGUAAACGUAAAAACUGUUUACCUACUUAUAUAAAAAUCUGCUUAUAGGCGCGACAUUUGGCCUUAUGUUACGUGGAUUUCACGUAUUUUUAAAAGUAGGCUGAUAUUUUAAAGAUGAUUUUCAAAAUCUCUAUACUCGAUAGGUAAAGUAGAAAAAAGUAUUGUGUUAUCAAGGGCAGCCCUAGCAAGACCUUAAAACCUCCAAAACUGGAGCCUUUCGUUUCAGCGCCCCUUUCAAGGCGGCGCCGCUCGCACCGCCCUAGGGUCGGCCUUCGUCGCCAAUGGAUGGGUAUUAGAUAAUUUCUGUUUUAGGAGGUAUUAUCACUUGGCCAAGCCAUGACCUAUUUAUGAUAAUGAAUCACUCAAGGUUUAGAUUAGAUUUUAUCUCAGUUUCGUAGAUGUUUCGAGAUCAUUGAUCUUUAUAUAGUUGCAUCCCAAUUAAAUUAUACUGUAUAAUUUAUACAAAAAUAAUAUGGUUUAUGUGUAAUUUGACAUUCCAAAGUAUGACUCCACAACUUAUAUCAGUGAUGUUAACAAAAAUAACAUUAGGUAUUACCUACAUUUCUUUCUCAAUCCUGUUCUGUGUCAAUGCUUUAUCACACUGGCGUUUUUGGUGGGUGAGAUCGCUGAAAUCGCCAUUGCGAAUAAGGGGUUAUCCGCAGAUGGUCUAGAACGCAAAAUGACUAAUCUCCAAAACGUAAUUCAAGACCAAAAAAAGUAAGAAAAUGUUGCCACUUUACUAGCGCGUCUUGUAUUUAAGUAAAAUUAAGUAAAUAAAAGUACUUUUUUAAAUAGUAGGAGUAAAAUUACUAAUAAAUAAAUUAUCUUUGCGUGAUUAUUUAUCAAAAGGAAUUUACUAUUUUACAAACAAAUUAUUGCAAUGGCAACAUUUUCUUACUUUUUUUGGUCUUGAAUUACGUUUUGGAGUAUAGUGUGUUGUUUUGCCUAAAUCGCAAACGGUCUAGAACGCAAAAUGCCCGAAUUAUUUUUUCCGUUUUAUCUUAACUUUAUAGCGAUGUCAACGGAGCCCUGCUACCGCGGGCUCCUAUUCUUUGCUGUUUGGUCUUCGGCCAUUUGAAGAUACCUAACGAACCUAAUCUACCUAUGUAAAAUGUGGUGAUAUAAAAAGUGGGCAUUUUGCGUUCUAGACCGUUUGCGAUGUAGACUAAUUGCGAUUUAGGCAAAACAAAACACACUAGUCAUUUUGCGUUCUAGACCAUCUGCGGAUAACCCCGAAAAAGUCCGUGUUAAUGGAGUUUAUUAGUAUUCCUAGAUAAUUAAUUAGGGUGUAAAACAAGACCCAGUACUUAACAACUUAGUUACGUUCAGUAUUUAUGAUGUGAUGCUACUUAUACCAAUAGAUAAUUUUACCGCUACCUAAGCUUCUACAAUUCUUUAAAAUAGCAUAUGGUGAUUAAUAUAUACGCUUCACAUAAAGAAGCGAACAUUGUGUUUGCACUUAUUUGAUGUGGAUGAUCUAAAUUUGUGUGCAUUUUCUAGGACUUCUGUAAGUAUUGAUGUGGCCAGUCUCCCUGAGUAUGUAUUUUAUAGACGAACUAUAAUUUGAUAGUGUUUUCACCACCUGCAUUGUGAUACUUUUAGUUGUAACUAUCUGGAUAGGUACAUGUUUUCAAUGUUAAAUUUGAUUUAUGGAAAGAUAGCGUAUUCCUAGAUGAAUGAAGCAAAUAAACAAAUGAUUAUUGAAGUAUUUAUAAUGAUUUUUUUACCCUGUGACUAUUUAUUGUGAUGUCAAUGUAAUUUGAUUCUAAAUGUAUAAUUUAUUUAGUAUUUUAAUAUUGUGACCAUCUACACAAUUAUCAGGCUAUCAUAUUAAAUGUUUUAUCACAUUUGUAUCUUUAAGAAAUGUUUUAAAUUUAAAUAAACUAUAUGUUGACAUAAUGAGAAA